GACCAGCCCACCAAAACUGAUGAGCAGAAGACGAAGCCCAAGAAAACGCAAGCAGAACUGGAUAAAGAAUUGCAGCUUAAAAUGCAGGGUCUAUCAGGGGACGGCGGAGAAUCGGGUGUGGAGUACGAGGACGGCCAGCCUGUUUCUAUGAAGAGAAGUGUCAAAGACAAUAUGUUCCGAUACAUAUAA